AUGCUGCUCGACGAAGAUCCAGCGACGCUCAUCCGCGCCACCGUCUCCAACUUCAACAUUGCCCCGGACAAAGCAGCGCUGUCGCGUGUCAACGAUUCCUUGUCAACCCUGCAGCAAUCGCGUGAUCUGCGAAUCCGAGAUGCAGAGACGGCCCUGAGAAAGCUGUCUCGUCAGUUAUCUACACUCUCCUCUCAGCAUCGAGAAACGAUUUCCAGCCAUGAUAGCGGCCGACAUGCCAGCGAGAUCGUCCAGCUCGACACGAAGAAAUUCCGAAUCGCAAAACAAGCUUCAGAGCUAGAGGCAGAGAGCGAACGAUUAGAAGCCGAACUCGAAAGGCUGAAGAUGCGGCUCGCGGAUUUGGAGGAGCAAGGCGUUGAGGGAGAUGAGAACACAAGACGGUCAAGGGAGGCGGAUGAUCCCACCAUAUUGCGGCUUUGGCUGUACAGAUCCCUGGGCAUUACCCUCGAGCAGGACGAAGCAGGCAACUACAACAAGGCCACGAUUGCGAACAAGAAGAAGGGGGAUGUACAUGUUGUCAACAUUGACCCGAAGUUUCCGAAAUCGUUCUAUGCAGACUAUUUCUGGCAGACAAUGCAAGGCUGA